AUGCUUCUUCCCUCACUGCUUCCACCAUUACUGCUCCUACCAAGCUUCUCAGAUGCGAAGCUGUGGGGCUGGGACGACCAGUUCACCAUCGUCGCGCGCAAGAUGGUGGAAGACGACAUCAUGCCGUGGUACUGGAUGGGCGCGUCGUGCAACGGCUGGGGCAACUGGUGCGAGCACCAGGAGUGCAAGCGGCUGCAGCACUUCAACGUCGACCUCGGGGGCAUCAACAAGAAGCAGAAGAACUGGUACGCCCAAGCACUGCAAGACGUCAACUACCACUGGGCACGCAUCGAGCGCGAGAAUGGCGCGUGGAUCGACCUCUGGCGCCGCGGGGACGGCCGCUUCGACAUGUUCGAGAACAACAAGCCUCCCGUCCCGCACGGAUUCUGCGAGCCCAUCAUGGACCCGGGAGGCAGCGGCAAGCCCAUGCGCAAGGACUGCAAUGGCCAGGACACUGUUGUCGCACUCGCUUGCUACCAGUAUUAG